UUAUCGAAAUAGUUACAAAAAAUUAUGGUACUUAUAGUAUCCAUUAAAAUUAGAAUUAAAAUUUAACGGUUAUAAAAACGAGAAAGGAGAAGAAAUAUUACAAAUUGAUCUUUGAUUAAACUGAAAGCUAUAGUUACAAGUUACGAUAUAAUAUGUAGUUGUUGCGACAAAUUCUGCGACAUAUUGAUUGAAAUUUUUGUAUAUUUAAUACAUGUGAAUUCUGUGAUGAUUAACGAAAUUGUUAUUUCAAUUUAAUUGUGAAAACGAAAAUAUGGAAAAUAGUAUUUUUCGUAUACUAAAACUUCGUUGUAGAAAUACUCUGAUCAUUAAAAGAACGUUUUUUGAACCAUUUAGAUCACAAUAUCCGGUAAUAUAUGAUAAACCUAUUGAUAAACACAAAAAAUUGACCUUUUCACAGAAAUUACGAAAAGUGUCUGAUUUAUUUAAGAGUAACUGUAAAUUGUUUAUUCAAGAAAUAUGGGAUAACUACAGUAUAUAUCCAUGUAACUUUGCAGUAAAUGAAAUUAAUAAUAUAUGGAAGUUUGAUGGAACUCAAAAAUCCUUGGAUCAAUGGAUUGUAAAUUCUGAUAAGGAUUAUCAUCAUGGUUAUUCAGCUGCUAAAUUAGAACUAUCGUCUUAUGGCACUGGAAUAUUCCAUGGUAUAUUAGAUACCCGUAUACCCAAAGACGGUCGAACUACAAAUGCUGGCUACUGCAAUAUCACUUCAGCUCCAAGAUAUAGAUCUUUUGGUCAACAGUACUACUAUGAUUGGCAACAUCAUAAUGAAGUUGUUUUACGAGUUAGAGGAGAUGGUAGAUGUUACAUGUUAAAUAUUUUACAAAAAGGAAAUAUGGACAUAACGCAAUAUGAUUGUUAUCAUUACGUAAUGUAUACAAGAGGCGGCCCCUAUUGGCAAAUAAUCAGAGUCCCUUUUUCAAAAUUUGUAUUUAGUUCAAAAGGACAAAUUAAUGAAAAUCAAUGUGCUAUGUGUCAGAAUUACAUUACAAAUUUUGGAAUUACAAUUGCUGAUAAAAAGCCAGGGCCUUUCAGAUUAGAAAUUGAUUAUAUUGGAGUUUGUUUCAAUACAAAUAAUUUCGAAGAAUUUGCAUAUGAAACAUAUAAGGUAAAAGACAUAGCGGCCAAUUUGUAAUCUGUUUUUAUAGAGGAAUUACAAAAUAAAAACAAAGUUUUUAUUAAUUUGAGUUGUAUACAUACAUAGUAGAUAUUUAAAUAACGUCUAUUAUACAAAGUAAAUAAUAAAUUUAGAAACAAUAAACGAUGUUAUUAUGAUCAUUAAUACAUGUAUUUAAUUAGA